AUGGAGACGUGGCACGGUAUAAUCAAUUCGCCGAACGAUGCGCUUUUGCUUUUUGAGGCGUGUCGGCUUGGUCACAUGAAGCGGAUUCAGAGGCGGCUGUCGGAUUCGGAGCGCAUAGCGUAUGUCAAGUCGGGGGCGAUUUUCCUGUGGGAUGAGGAGGAGAGUGGUAUCAAAAGGUGGACAGAUGGAAAGCACUGGUCUCCAUCACGUAUCAACGGCAGUUUCCUCAUCUACCGUGAGGUCGAGCCUCGCAAGAGCAAGAUCCCAGGGAUGGACGAUCGCAUCGAGUACGUGAUCAAGGAAGAUGGCUUAACCAAGAAGGCCAUCUCCAUCACCACCUCCGACGGGCGCCGACAGCACCUGGUCUCAUAUUACCUCCGAGCGGACCUCAACCAGCGGAUCCUUGACCCACCGUCGUCGAUCCCUUCGUUCUCUGAGCUCGUCAUAUCGACCGAAAUAUACCCCGAGUUCAUGCCG